UACAAUAGUUUUGCGCUCAGCCCACGUAUUGUAGUUUAACAAAACUAUUUGCAAUUUAAUUGAUCAGCAGUAGAGACUACUUUAAGGGGUCAAAAUGUAUAACAUUGCAAUUCUCACAGACGUGUAGAUCUAACAAUUCACAAUUAGCGACCCGUGACGUUAUGAUUGACAACUGCAUCAGUGUAACGUGAAUUGAUUCUUGUUUAUUUAUGGCAGUUGUUGUCAAUAUCGAUUAGCUAUAUUCCUUUGAGGUAUGUGAAAGAAGUUCUAAAAUGAAUGACAGUGACUCUAGCGAUAGUUCUGUGGAAGAAAUUGAUAUCAAAGCUGUUCGACCAGCCCCAAGAUCCAGACCUAGACAGAAUGCAGUCAGCCCAGCUAGGUCACUGAGCCCGAAUUCUGUGUUAAAUGUGAGUGGUGACACAGCCUCUAUCAAACGAUGUAUUGAUAACUACAGCUCUAUAAACAGCAGUGUUUCACAGUUUCCAUCUGUGGUACCACUUAAUGUUGGUGGCAUCAAAUAUGUAACAAGACUGUCAACAUUGAAGAAAUAUCCCGACUCCAUGCUCUCUGCUCUAUUCAGUGGGAGAUACCAAGUUGACAAAGAUGCUGACGGCAACUUCUUCCUCGAUUCCAACGGAAUUUUGUUUGGCUAUUUACUGGAAUUUCUCAGAAACGGUUUACUACCACCACGAGAGCAGUCUAUUCCACUGUAUAGAGAGGCAAGCUACUAUGGACUUCAUGAACUUGUCGAAAAACUAACCUACAUGCCACCAGUUGUCUCCCUUUGUGUCAAAGAAGCUCACAAGUCACAGUUUCCCAAUUAUGAGGAAAUUAAAGAAAAUGUGAUAAAAGUAGCAAUGGAGAAUGCCACCUUUACUAAAAUUGGAGAGGUUAUAAUUUAUGCGUUCAAGUCUGAAUUUGUAGCAAAAGUGAACACAUUUAAUCCAAAUCAUGGAUGUAUAGUUGAAUCCGCUCAUAUCAAGUGUGGACCAUGGGAUGCUCCUGUUGAUGAGGCAGUAUUUAUCAAAUGUCUGGAAAAUGACCUAAUUGAUGAUGGAUUUAAUGUGAAACCUCAUGAUGUGAAGAAAAAAUGCAGAUACUAUCACGGACAAAGUUGUCAGAAGUAUGUGUAUAGAUUAGCAAUAUUGAUGUGAAUAGAAAAAAAACUUCAAUGUGUAGUAUGCAUUCAUCAUAGUGUGUGGAAAUCAGCAUUUUUUCACCAGGCUAAUACUCAUUGUUUCAUUAAUACUCAAAUGGCUUACUAGAAAUUUCAUUUGUAUUCAAGAUAGAUUUCUUUACGGGUUUUAAUACAGAAACGAAAAUACCCAGAUCUGUGUUACUGGCAUUAUUAUUAUCAACAUUUUUCAAAAGAAGUAGUUGGUAUUAAAGUUGCAAUGUUAACAAUCCAUAUGCAUAGUUAGGUAUACUGUCAGAACUGUAUUAGGCAGCCAUUCAUAGGAGGGACAAACCGGCUGCUGAAGGCAGGGGGCUGUUUAAGACAAAUUGAAAUUAGAAUACAGUAAAAACUGCUUUAGCAGUCACCUCUAUUUAGCAGCCAACCUGUCUUAAGCAGCCAGUGUCUCAUUUUCCAGAAUGGUCAUUCAUUCUAUAAAUUACCUGCUUUAAGCAGCCACUUUUUCCCACUCGCUUGGCUGGCUGCUUUUUGACAGGUUUUACUGUAGAAUGUUAAUUUGGGAAAUCGGCUGCUUAAGGCUUAAGCAGCUGAUUUCCCAAAUUAACAUUCUUAAACCUGCUUUAGGCAAGUGUGUGUAAUAUUAAGGCAGGUUAACUGUAUGCAGCUGGUUCAUUUAAAUUCCAGCAAAUCUUGUUAUUCAAAAGACAAAACAUUUCAGAGCUCACAGGGCUUGACUGACUAGGAUUGUAUACAGGUAUCAAACUUUUUAAUAUUUUUGUUGAAAGCUGUUCAAUGUAGUAUGUGUUGUGAUGCAACAUGUGCAAAUAAAUUAUUAAUUCAUAUGAAGAUAUGAAAGAAUGAGAAAAUAAUGUAGCUAAGUUAAGGAAUAAAUUGCAGUUAUGUAGAAUUUUACCAUCUUGAUACAAAACACAUUCGGCUGUUUAAAGUAUAAGAAAGCAUGUGGCCUCCAAGCACUUUUAAAACACUUUGAUUGUAAACAUAACCUCAACCUACUUAUUUCUUAUUUGGUGUGAGACGUUAAUUCAUGUACUGCUUUCAGAGACCUGACUGUUCACUUAUCAGGUAUAUCAGUUAAUGAAAUUACAUGGUACUGAAUAAUUUGUUCAAAACAAUACCAGUCCUUGAAAACCACGACAUGUUUGGAUCAUAUUUUGUUUUGAAAUGUUUACUUACUACUGGUAAUGCUUAUUAAUAUUAAAUUUGAUAUGAAAUUAAUGCAAGAAGAGUAAUCGUUGAACCCCUUUAAAUACGUGCUUGAAAUGUUUAUGUGAAAUAUUUCGUUAACUGUUGAAAGUGAAAUAUUUCUUAAAUUGUUGAAAUGUUUCAUUGAUUGUUAAAUGUGAAAUGUGGUCUACAUAUUUAUUUAUUUUAAAUUUUAUAUAAAAAGUAAUUGUUGAAGACGGAGUGGUUAUUUCAAAUGAUGAAUUUUCAUAGUAGGAACCUGUCCGUAAUUAUAUGUGCUUAAUAUGUGAAAUAUUUAGCUUAGAACAUAGCAAAUAAUGAAAUUGUUCAUAGUCAUUGUCUGUGAUAUUUUUUGGAAGGAUGUACUAACAGAAUUUUGUCCUAGUCAUAAUAAUCAAAGGCCUGUUUUGGUUAAGGGUUAAAUAUCCAUAUUUUAUCCCGUUUACAUGUUUUAAAGCACUUUCUAACACUAAACAGUUUCUAUAAUUCUUAAACCUUACCCUGCUAAAUUUCUAUAACGAACUUGCAUGUCCACCUUCCAGUUUGGACAGUACCAUUAACUGUUAAAAGGGGUGCUUUCCAAAAAGAUACUGACUGAAUGACGAACAACCCAGAUCAUGAUCAGACUGCAUGGAUGUGCAAGCUGAUCAUGAUCUACACUGGUCGCAAAGGCAGAAUCAGUCGUGUCCAGCAUGAUAAGGGUUAAUAUUUCCACAUACAUUUCAAAUGGGUUUUUUGUCGAGCCUGCUUGCAGAAGCGAAGACAUAGUUGUCCAAAUGGUUGUUCGGUGUAUGUGCGUGCGUGCGUCCGUCCGGAUUUGUUUGUUUGGACCAUAACUUUGACAUGCAUGGAGCAAUCUCAUUUAUAUUUGGCCUGAAUGUUAACCUCAGUGAGAUGGAGUGUCACGCGCAAACCGCAGGUUCCUAUCUCAAAGGUCAACGUCACACUUGGAGGUCAAAGGUUAAAUUCAAUAAUGACUUUGUCCUGAGCAUUUCUUCUUCAUGCAUGGAGGGAUUUUGAUGUAACUUGGCACAAAUGUUCACAACCAUGUGACGGAGUGUUAUGCGCAAGAACCUUAGGUCUAAGGUCAAGGUCACACUUAAGAGGUCAAAGGUCAGAUACAAGAAUGACUUUGUCCGAAGAAUUUCUUUUUCAUGCAUGGAGGGAUUUUGAUGUAACUUGGCACAAUUGUUCACCAUCAUGAGACGGAGUGUCAUGUGCAAGAACCUACAAUUACUUCCCUUUGUUGUUACUAUAAAUAGCUUAUAUUGUAACUUUUUUUAUUGCUGGUUGUAGGGAAAAAUCAAGACCACUUUUCUGUAGUACAAUAUGCAUGUUACAUCCAAUUUUGAGGUGUAUUUUGAACUCUCUCUACUGGUUAGGAUUUUUGUGUGGACUUAGGUUUUUUUAAAGAUUUACUUCCCUUCGUUGUUACUAUAAAUAACUUAUAUUGUAACUUUUUGCAAUCUUUUUUUAUUUGGCAUAAAUGUUUGCCUCAAUAAGACAGGGUGUCAUGUGCAACUCCUAGUCCUUUUGACAGCUGGCGGGCUCGACAUGUUGUCCGUGGGCAUCUAGUUUUUUGUUGUUUAUUCAUCAGGGAUGUAGUUGAUAAGAAAAUCUUGUUUAUAUAUUUAUACAGAAAUGUCAUAAUAGAUUAGUACAUUCUCUGUAAGAUGUGUAAUCAUCUACAAAUUAUUAAAGAUAUACCGUGACCAUCUUAAACUAAAAUAGGUUAUUUUUAGAUACUAACUUAUGUAGAAAAUCCUCAUCAAAUGAAUUUAACUUUACAAAAUGUAUAAACUAUAAUUAUGUGUUUGCAGAAGUCAGUUCACAACUGAAUGUUAUGUAUAACUGUUACAGUCGUUUGUUGAAAUAAACAUCCAGCAUUUUUCGUGGACAAACACAAACACACACACACACACACGUUAUUCUUGUAACUCCACACAUGCUAUGGAGUUACUAUUCAGAUUUUAAAAUAUGAAUUUGGGUCUUAUACCUCUUAUACCUUUUUUUUUGCGGUUUUAAGUUUUAAAGGUGAAAGUCAUAUAAAAGUCAGUUUGUAGGUCUAGCCACAAGGAUUGUUGAGAGUGAAUAUGAACUAAAUUGGGUCAUUAAUGUGUGCUGUAGGCAAUCUGGUUCAUACAGACAGGUCAGGGUCAUAUGUAUAUAGGUCAUUUUGUAGGUCUUGCCACAAGGUUUGUUGAGUGUUAAGUAUGAACUAAAUUGGGUCAGUUUUGUAAGCAAUGUUGCUUAUUAACCUUUAGCCUGCUAAAUUUCUUAAAUGGACUGGUCCAUCAUUCAAUCUGGACAAUACCAUUUAUUAUUCGAAGGGGUGUUCACUGAAAAUUUACUGACUGAAUAGCAAACAGUGCAGACCAUGAUCAGACUGCACAGAUGUGCAGGCUGAUCUUGGUCUGCACUGAUCGCAAAGGCAGAUACAAUUGCCGCCAGCAUGCUAAAGGUUAAGGUUUGAAAGUUAAGGUCAUAUGGGGAUCUUGUCACAAAGAUUGUUUAGUGAGAGUAUGAACUAAAUCGGGUCAUUAGCAUGGGCUGUAUAAGGCAAUCUGAUUCAUAUGGAUGAGAACCUUAAAAAUUUGGCUUUUAUCUUCAUAUUUAGCUUAUCCUUAUUAUUUAUCAUUUUUAUAACAUUUGCCAGCUUGUAUGUAUGUGCAUACCUUCCAUUUUAUACAAAGUAUGUGAUUUAGAAAUGUUCUUAAAGGCAAUUUUAUAUUAUUUUGUUUGUAAAGGGAACAGUAUUGUUACUGUAGUUGCUGUCAAACUUAUUUUUCUAACAUUUAACUUGUUGAUCUUGUGUAUUAGAGGCGGAAAUAAAAGAUAGAUACUA